GGGCCGCUGGGCGCUUCCCUAGACGUCCAGGAGUGGCAAGCUCUGAGGGAACCCGUGAUCCCGAGGACGGCCGGAUGAGACGAGGACCUGGAUACGGCUGUAGCAGUGCACGCUCCAGGACUUAAUAUUUGCCAAGAUGUAGAAGAAGGAAUAAACUAGGGCCUUGCUACGAGUUCCAUUCUCGGAGCGUAGGGGAGGCAAAAAGUUGGAACGGAGAAAAAGCAGAGAUGUUAAGGACAAAAUCUCAGCCCCUGAUUGUCCAUGAGAAAGCUGGUCUUUCGUUGGAAAUGGCCUGUUAGAGAAGCACCUUACAGGUCUGGAAUGCUGCUCAGAAAGGGAACUAUAAAUGUGGAGAACUUAUUCUAUAAGUCAGCAGUUUGAAUCCACAAACAGAUGUUUAUUGUUAGAUAUGAGUUAGCACCACAUGCACCUGUGUGCUCUUUUUCGGAAGCUAGAAAGUAUUUCCUUUAUACCUUCAUUUGAUACAGACUCAUUGAGCACCUACUGGGGACAUAACACAAGUUAGCCACUGCUCAGUUCACCCCUGUCCUCUCUUCCUGUGUUCAGCAAACACUGAGUCCGUGCCAAGCACCACACUAGGCAGUAGGGAUGUGGUAAGAGUGCCGAGUUCACUGAAUUCACCCUUUUGGAGGGAAUCGCCAAAUGACAGGUCCUGGAGAGAGAGUUUGGAGUAAGAGCAGAGCAUUGCCUUGGAGGCAGACCUGAAAACCCUUCUGUACUCUUACCAGUUCCUUGGACACAACCUCACUGAAUCUGUGUCCUCAUGUGGAAAUAAUAUAGCAACACUUAACUCUGCGGAGUAAAGGCCGUGUGGCGCUGGGCAAGAAGUGGGAAGAUCAUGUAUUAUUCUGGAGUUCAAAGGAAGAAAAAUAAUGCUGGACUGUGGGAUCCACCCUGGCCUGGAAGGAAUGGAUGCUCUUCCUUAUAUCGAUUUAAUUGACCCAGCUGAGAUCGAUCUCCUGCUCAUUAGUCAUUUCCACUUGGAUCACUGUGGAGCUUUGCCCUGGUUUCUGCAGAAGACGAGUUUCAAAGGAAGAACUUUUAUGACACAUGCCACCAAGGCUAUUUACAGAUGGCUGCUUUCAGAUUAUGUCAAAGUGAGUAAUAUAUCUGCUGACGACAUGCUGUAUACUGAGACAGACUUGGAAGAGAGCAUGGACAAAAUUGAAACCAUCAACUUCCACGAAGUGAAGGAGGUGGCCGGAAUCAAGUUUUGGUGCUACCACGCCGGCCACGUGCUGGGCGCUGCCAUGUUCAUGAUUGAGAUCGCAGGCGUCAAGCUUUUAUAUACAGGUGAUUUCUCAAGACAAGAAGAUAGACACUUAAUGGCAGCUGAAAUUCCUAAUAUUAAACCCGAUAUUCUUAUCAUUGAAUCUACUUACGGGACCCACAUCCAUGAGAAGCGAGAAGAGCGAGAAGCGAGAUUCUGCAACACCGUUCAUGAUAUUGUGAACAGAGGAGGCAGAGGCCUCAUCCCUGUCUUUGCUCUUGGAAGGGCCCAGGAGCUUCUCCUGAUUUUAGAUGAGUACUGGCAGAAUCACCCAGAACUCCACGACAUUCCAAUAUACUACGCCUCCUCUCUGGCCAAGAAGUGCAUGGCAGUGUACCAGACAUAUGUCAACGCCAUGAACGACAAAAUCCGCAAGCAGAUCAACAUCAACAAUCCCUUUGUUUUCAAACACAUUAGUAACCUUAAGAGCAUGGAUCAUUUCGAUGACAUUGGCCCCAGCGUCGUAAUGGCCUCCCCAGGCAUGAUGCAGAGCGGCUUAUCCAGAGAGCUCUUCGAAAGCUGGUGCACCGAUAAGAGGAAUGGCGUCAUUAUAGCCGGAUACUGUGUGGAGGGGACGCUCGCCAAGCAUAUCAUGUCUGAACCGGAAGAAAUCACUACCAUGUCUGGACAGAAGCUGCCUCUGAAGAUGUCUGUUGAUUACAUCUCUUUCUCUGCUCACACAGAUUACCAGCAAACCAGUGAAUUCAUUCGUGCUUUGAAACCGCCUCAUGUGAUUUUAGUUCACGGAGAACAGAACGAAAUGGCCAGGUUGAAAGCAGCCCUGAUUCGAGAAUAUGAAGACAAUGACGAGGUCCACAUAGAGGUUCACAAUCCCCGGAAUACGGAAGCAGUGACCUUGAACUUCCGGGGCGAAAAACUAGCGAAGGUCAUGGGCUUUUUAGCAGACAAAAAACCAGAACAAGGCCAGCGGGUCUCAGGAAUACUUGUUAAAAGAAAUUUUAAUUAUCACAUCCUUUCCCCUUGUGACCUCUCCAAUUAUACUGACUUGGCCAUGAGCACUGUGAAGCAGACCCAAGCCAUUCCAUAUACCGGUCCUUUUAAUUUGCUCUCUUACCAGCUCCAGAAGUUGACAGGUGAUGUAGAAGAAUUAGAAAUUCAAGAAAAACCUGCUUUGAAAGUGUUCAAAAAUAUUACUGUAAUACAGGAACCAGGAAUGGUGGUAUUAGAGUGGUUGGCAAACCCUUCCAAUGAUAUGUAUGCAGAUACGGUAACAACCGUGAUAUUAGAAGUUCAGUCAAACCCGAAAAUAAGGAAAGGUGCAGUCCAGAAGGUUUCUAAAAAGUUAGAGAUGCACGUUUACAGCAAGAGGUUGGAGAUCAUGCUCCAGGACAUAUUUGGAGAGGACUGCGUUAGCGUAAAAGACGGUUCUGCUCUUAGUGUCACCGUGGAUGGAAAAACUGCCAACAUAAACUUGGAGACGCGGACCGUGGAGUGUGAAGAAGGGAGUGAAGACGACGAGUCCCUCCGAGAAAUGGUGGAGCUGGCGGCCCAGAGGCUGUAUGAGGCCCUCACGCCGGUUCCCUGACACCUCACGCCUCUGUAGAUGUUCAAACAGUCGUGUCAUGCUCGGCUCGACUUCUGUGACUUCAAAUAAAAGACAGUCAUUGCC